AUGCGAUAUUCGGUUUGUUGGGUUCUCUUAGCAGCUUUCACGAUCAUGUCAAUGACAUCCGCACGAAUACAUGAAAGGUAUGCGGAUUAUGCGAUAACACUGCGAUCAAGUCGAAACUGCUUUUUCUCACCGAUUGGAUGUGUUUUCUUCUCCAGUGGUGUAGAAUUUCCACGAGCACGGCACAAAAAACGACAUGUAAACAGACGACAUUAG